AUGGCAGAGGUAUCUAGCGGCAACCCUCACUUCGCAAAUGUAUACAAAGGAACAAGCACUGGCCUCAUUAAAGAUGUGUCCCAGCACCUUGUUGGUUGUCGUAUUGUUAAGGAUGAGCAAUACGGAACAGUAAGAUAUGUUGGACCUAUUGCCAACUCCUCAGUCGUGUGGCUGGGCAUCGACUGGGAUAACCCCAAAAACGGUCGACAUGACGGGACCUUCAAAGGCGUCAAAUACUUUAGUACUCAUGAACCCACAUCUGGCUCAUUCUUAAAGCCUGAGAAAGCUUCCUUGGGAACCAGCUUAGAGGAAGCCUUAGUCACCCGCUAUGCAAUGUGUGCCGAGUGCCAAAUAUUUACCCGCAACUCAGCCCUUUUUCAGCCUGGAGGAGAUCCAAUGUCCGGAGUAAAGUUGGAGGCUGGGGCCUGUGCAGGCCAGCUGAAGGCGACCCUGGAUAUGAACGCGUUGGAGAGCGAGUUUGUGGAAAAUGGGAAGCCGAAGCCCAAUGUCCCAUUCACCGUAGAAAUUUUCACUACCUCUGGUGAACUGAGCAACCACCGAUACUGCGGAGCCGGUGGCGCAACCCAAAAGUUUUCCCGGCUUCGAGUUGCUUGCAUCCCGGAUAUGCCGGUAUAUCGCGGUCUGAGGGAAAAUGAGAUUCUUGGUGAUGAUGUGCGGACACUGUGGCCUGGGCCGGGGGGUCGAAUGUCGGAGUAUCUCAGUGCUUUACGUGAACUUGAUUUAUCAGGUUGUCUCAUCUCAAAGUGGACCGAAGUCGCACGGAUCUGUCAUCAGCUGCCUUUGCUUUCCAAGUUGAAUGUGGGCUCUAACCGCCUUCGGUUGCCUCGAGCCACAGAAAAAGAACUCUGUGACCUCUCUGAGACAGAACGCCGCCUUCGAUUAGACAUCGAUGAAGGUGUAAAUGAGGCGGAGCUCCUUUGUCUUUCAGCUUUCCCAGCCCUGACUCGUUUUGUUGCCGUUCAGAUGCCUGCUGAAAAGGUCGGCGGAAUACCGUUUGGCUGGCAAGAGAUAACGCGCAUCCUAGGUUGGAUGCCUGCUCUUCAGGAAGUUUGCGUCGCCUAUAAUGAGCUAGGAGAUUUACCGGACCCUGAAACACAACUCGGGAGUCGUCUCACAGCGUUACUGCGAAAACUCACGGAGGUUGAUUUAACCGGGACUGGUCAAACGUGUUUCAAGCGAAUUUUGGACGUGCUAGGUCCCUCGGCUAGCCUAACCAGCCUUGUCCUCAACGCUAACCGGAUUCAUGAAAUGCGUAUACCUGAAAAUGAAAUUGUACUACCUGCUCUAACUCAAUUAACCCUCCGUGAUAACCUCAUCAAUGACUGGGGGUCUAUAAAUGCUCUCGCACGUCUUCCCUCCCUCGAAAAUCUCAUCAUUUCUCAAAAUCCAAUUUUAAGCAGUACUACUCCGGAGACUGCAAGACAGGAGUUGAUUGCCCGUGUACCGAAAGUGCAAAUGUUGAACAGGCAAGAAGUUGAACGGGAUGAACGUCGAGGUGCUGAAUUGGAUUUCUUGAAGCGAUACGGAAAAGCCUGGGCCAUCGCGGAGAAGUCUGGCGAGGAGUCCAAGGCAGCGUUUGAGAAACAAUUUCCCUCGUUCAAAUUACUCUGUGAUAAGCACGGCGCUCCAGAAUCUGGUGAAACCAAGAGCGUUAUCCGCGCGUUGAAAGAAGGCCUCCUUGAAUUGACAAUGUUCUGCGAACCAGUUCCAGUAUCCGGCCCAAAUGAGAUUGUGAAGCGCAUUCCAGCACGAAUGACGGUCAAUCACUUGCGCACCCUGGCGCGUCGGCUCUUCCGCAUCCCUAUGACGGCCACUAUCGACCUCUUCACGUCCGGCGCCAGACCAGGCGUCGACGAGAUCGAGAUCCCACUGGACUCGGACACGCGCGAACUCGGCUUCUUCGGCAUCAUCAACGGCGACAGGCUGAUUGCCAGGUGGUCUGGUGAAUAG